AUGAAAAUAGGAAACCAAACUGUCAUCUCAGAGUUCUUCCUCCUGGGACUUCCCAUUAAACCAGAUCAGCGAGACCUGUUCUAUGCUCUGUUCCUGGCAAUGUAUCUUACCAUCAUCCUGGGGAACCUCCUCAUCAUCAUCCUCAUUCACCUGGACUCCCACCUCCACACGCCCAUGUAUUUGUUUCUCAGCAAUUUGUCCUUCUCUGACCUCUGCUUCUCCUCUGUGACCAUUCCCAAGUUGCUGCAGAACAUGCAAAGCCAAGUCUCGUCCAUCCCCUAUGCUGGCUGCCUGACCCAAAUGUACUUCUUCCUGUUUUUUGCAGACGUGGAGAGCUUCCUCCUUGUGGCCAUGGCCUAUGACCGCUAUGUGGCCAUCUGCUUCCCCCUGCACUACACCACCAUCAUGAGCCCCAAGCUCUCUGGCUCCCUGGUGGUGCUGUCCUGGGUGCUGACCACUUUCAUCUCUUUGUUGCACACCCUGCUCAUGGCUCGGCUGUCUUUCUGUGCUGAUAAUGUGAUCCCUCACUUUUUCUGUGACAUGUCAGCUCUGCUAAAGUUGGUCUGCUCUGACAUUCAGAUAAAUGAAAUGGUGAUAUUUAUCUUGGGAGGGCUUGUCAUUAUUGUUCCAUUCUUGUUGAUCUCUUCAUCCUAUGCACUGAUUGUCUCCUCCAUCCUCAAAGUCCCUUCUGCCAGGGGAGUCCACAAGGCCUUCUACACCUGUGGCUCCCACCUCUCCGUGGUGUCUCUCUUCUAUGGGACGAUCAUUGGCCUCUACUUGUGCCCUUCAGCUAACAAUUAUACUGUUAAGGAAAUUGUCAUGGCUGUGAUGUACACUAUGGUGACCCCCAUGCUGAACCCCUUCAUCUAUAGCCUGAGGAAUCAGGACAUAAAGGGAGCCUUCAGAAGAAUCUUUUCAAAGUGGACAAUUCAGUUUUCUCUGGGACAGUGAUUCUAAAGAUUAAAGUAUAUUUUCAAACAGUGGGUGUAAUGUUGACAAUGAGUAGUAUUAUGAAAAGUCUAGUAGCACCCAAGCUCAGCAUUGCUAAUGCAGCCGUGAUAACACUUCCAGCGGGAGCUUCCCCGCAUGUCACUAGGGACAGGUCCAUUUCCCUCUUGGGUUUACCACUGCAUCUUGGGUGUGAUGUAGCACAAGGAUGACAUGUAGUGGACACUCAAUUAUUAUUAUUCAACUUUUAAUAAAUACCUCUCUAACCUUGGUGUUUACUGAACUCAAAGAAUGUGCCGUAGUUCCUCACUCUCUAAGAAAUAAACAAAAAUUUCUCAGCCACUUCAGUGCUUUGCUUCUGCCAAACAUAUCUAUUCCAUGAAAGAUACCUUCCAAUUUAUUAUGUAAAUACUCUUGUAAUUUUUCACUCUCCAAGAUCAUCACGUGUACCCUUGCUAACUUAUUUAGUUCUUAAUUUUCUUUUCAGGUGUUUAUUGAUUCACUUGUUGUGAGACUAGAGAGCCAGUGUGUCUCCAGAGGCUGUCAGGAUAAGGGGUGAGGGGACCCUGUAGCAGCAGCUGAGGUCAGAGCCCAGAACCAGAUGGAAGACUUGGCUGAAUCUAAGAGAAUUAGCAGAAUCAGUGAGCCCUGAGAAGGCCAUCAGCUCCCUUCUCAAAAGAAAAGUCAUAUAUUGUUCAAGCUAAGAGAAGAGAUGUCAAGUUCCUUCAACAAUGGACGUUAGCAGAGGUGCUCUUCUCCUGAAGUCAAGAGGAUACAUAAGCCUCAAGAAUCUACAAAAAGUAUAACCAAAUGAACACAAAGAAAAUAGGAGGAAAGAAUUAGUAAAUAUAAAAGUGAAAAAUUAGUCUAGUCGAAAACCAAGAAACAAUAGAAAAAUAAUAAUAAACUAAAUGUUGGUUCUUUGGAAUGUUAUUAAUAACAUAUAAAACAUUGGCAUGUAAAACAAGACAAAAAAGAGAAAAGACAUAAAUAAAGAACUCCGGGAGUGAAAAAGGAGAAAAAUUAACAGCUAAAGAGCAAUUUUAAAACCAUGAGAAUACUAUAUACAACUUUAAACCAAAAAAAUUGAAAA